CAAGAACGACAGGGAGGGGGACGAAAAACUUCGAAGAAAACGUAACUCAUUUUGAAAGCACGACUGAAUCUGGAUGUCUGAAUCCAACUCAAGAACCGCAGAAGAAUUGACGGAAAUAAUGGAAGCGAGGAUCCAGACCGUAGAGAGGACAUUUAAAAACCUGUCUUCCCAGAUUGUUUCUGGAAUGGAAGACAUGGAAACCCGUAUUGAUGACCUGGAAAAGAAUGUUGCUGACCUCAUGACCCAGGCUGGGAUGGAGGAGCAGCAGACUGGAUCUAACUCUCAUAUGAACCCAUCACAGUAUUGCUAACUUCAUCUUGUUUCUGAGGCUGAACUAAAGCCAGAAGAUUUGACAUGACAGAGGGCUUAUUAAGGCACAUUAUUACGCAUCUUUUGUUGGGUAACAUCAGCAUUUACCAAAUGUAUGGCAUAUGAAUAUGUAAACAACUGUCACAGACACAAAAAUAUUUUCUAUAAUACAAUAAAUGUUUAUUGAGAA